AUUUGAUGGUAUUUCAAACUUUGCUAGAAAUGUUUGUGCUAGUGGGCAUCUCCAGCCAUCUCAGCAAACUUCUUAUUGUGUUCACUGAACUGACUGAGGUACCCAGAUCGGUGUCCUCAAAAUACACUGUAGUGGGAAUUAUUUCAGGAGUUCCGCUGAUCACAGUCUUCGGGAACCAUUUAACGUACAAAACGAUGAAUCUGAAAUUGAGAUCUUGGUGGCUGAUGGAAAACUCAUUGGCCCUUAAUAUUUUCCUAAUAGUCAUUGUAAUAGUGACGAUGUUGUUCAUUUUUAUUUAUUUCUCAGUAACGAAUAAAUUGGGGAAACUUAUUGUGUCUCGCAAAAAACACGAAGUGGCUGUGAAAAAAAGAUUGUCAUUGGUCAGAAGAGCAAGUUGCUUGUUUGGAAUUAUUUUGAUAUUUGUUGUCAGCAGCAUUCUAUACAUAAACAAUCAGAAACUAGUAUGGAGUAUAUACCAAUUUGCAGGAGUAAAUGUACUAUUGAAUCUGAUACUAAUUACAUGCUACGUCUUGAAAUCUGAGACAAAUCUGAAAGAUUUAUUUAAAAAGAAGCCCAAAAGAGAGAACAGCUUUUUCAGCAUUGAUUCAUCCGGCUCGUUACACUUCUCGACCAAACAAGACGCUGACCUGGACAACCAAAGUGGUCCGAACCGACACGACAUUCAACUUAUGUCUGUGAAAACCAUCGACACUCCGAAAACUUCAAUCAGCAAAGCGCAAAGCUUAUCCAAUGCUUUUGAAAGUUGUCUGCACACGAGUUCGAAUUUCUGCGACUUGAGUGUCCAUGAAAGUCCUGCAGUAUAUGAACGGGAUUUGGAAUCACACAGUUCCUAUCCUUCAAAUAAAAAACAGAACUCCAGUAAUUGCAUGUUUCAAUCCCCAGAUAUUUUGACUACUUACGUGGGUCUGGAUUUGGUAGCGUGUACCACAAAACCAGAUCUGGAAGAACCAGAUGGCGUAUCUCGUUUGCAUCCGGCUAUAAAAAGUGAAAAAAAAUCUGGAGAACAUAAAACAGUGCGCAUCAUGUUUCCGCCACAAGUUAUUAUCACUCCAGAUGAUGCCAUAUCAAAAAUACUAGAAGCUGAAACCAUUGCAGAUCAAUCUCAGAGAACUCAGCCUGAUGGUCAUGCAGAAAAUCAGGAAAGUGAUUCUGAAGCGAUUGUAAAGCAAGAGCAAGAAACAAUUGCUUCUAAGCCCCGCCAGGUUACUUUUCGAGAAGACAAUCUGGAUGGCGUUUUGGAUAGCAUAUCUCACGAUUUGGACUAUCUUUUAAAUAGGAACGAAGAUCUCACAACUGAGCUGGAAGUGAGGAAAGUGUCAAAACUUCCGGGGGUUAGUGUCAUUAAUAAUAUUCCAGAAGAACUCGUUUUGCAUGAAAACAGUUCCAGUCCUGAAGGAAUAAUGUUAAGAACGAACUGCUAGUAAAUGAAACUGUAGUUAGGAUAUUUUCAUGUUUAGGUAAGAAUAAACUAUUGUUAGUUUUACAAUUGCCAAAUUGUCCAAGUUGUACUGACAAAUUGGUGGUUUACUUUUCUGUUGGCCAAAUCUUAUUUGCUCAUGUAAGUUCAAAAGUUAUUUGAUCUUCCAGUAGUAUUAACUGGCAACCACUCAAACGAAAUGUUAAGGUUUUCUAUUGCUGUUGCUAAAUGACCAAGAAAUUUUCACCUGUUUCAACAUCAGAGAAUUAAAAAAUCUGAAUUUGUUAGUUAAAUUUACAAACUAAACUUUCGAAAAACGGUACACCAUAAAUAAUAUAACUUUUUUCGAUUCGACCCCUAACUUAUUUUCGAUUGAUCAAUGGCUUGUAUAGCGCUUCUAUAUCUAUUCAUAAUAAUCUUUCCUGAUCGCUUUAACUAAAAUUCCACUUUUUGUUUCAAAAAUUGCAUUUUUAUGUGUUGACGUCCUUUCCGAAGUAAUUCCAUGUUGUUCCUUGAAACUCACAGAUGAACUCAGCAAAGAGAUGUUGCUCAAAAAGUUCUAAUCACAAUUAAUAAGUCGUUUUGUCUAUUUAUGUUUCUGUUUCCUCGACUUAUUAUUUAAUUGUUUAUUUAUAUUACUGUACUGAUUAUUCAGUUUCUAAGAUGCUUUUCAUGACUUUCAUUUCAUGACUCCGACUGAGGAGUAGAUUUUAUUUUAAAUGGUUUUCAUUAACGUGGUCAGCAUUAACAUUAGUGUUUCCUCAAACUGAGGCUAUGGUUCAAAUCUAUUAUUAUCCAUCUGCCAGGGUUUUUAGUUGUUUAGACGUUUACGCAGCAUCGAGAACUAAGAAGCACACCUUUGAGAUAAUCAACCGGUCCUGAAAGUUAUAAUCUGUGAUUCAGAUUACCAUUGGCAGAUUUAUCCUGAAUGCGAUCAACUCUAACUUUUUGCGCUAAUUCAGGCUAUCGAUAAGGCGCUAAAACAAAACCUGAAUAAAUUUUUCCGGGUCACAUAUUUCAUUUCAAGACAAUUUGAGCUUUAACUAACUACUUCAGUUUAGUUGUGGCAGAAUUAAUUUUUGAAACAAUCAUCCGCAAUUUAAAGUGAUUCGAUUACUUAAAAUUUAUAUCGAUCCUUAAUAUUUUAUGUCAAGUAACGAUCACAAUAUAUUGAAGUCGUUGCCAAUUUUAACUAGCUUUAUAGGACUUUUUCUACAGGGUUUUUAAUAUGUUUAAAGUACAUAAACAUCGACUGAACUUAUUAUUAGUAUAGACAUGUUAUGUUCCGAGACUUUAAACUAUCUUGUAUGAACUGAAUGGAUUACAUUUAUUAAUAGCCAUUUUUUUCCGAACAACAUAUUAUUUAACUCGAUGAAAAGGCUUGCAAGCCUUUUCAUGCUUACUAUUUUUACCAUUGGAUUGAAAUCAUUGAAGAACUAUUUUAAUAACAAAACAAAUCGAUAUUCGAGUGGGAGAAAGUUCCAAGUUCGAACAUUUUUCCAGAAAGUAUACAGGGUAUUCCAGUGACAAGCAUAAAUAGCUUUUGAGCAAAAAUUAAUUUCCACAUGAUUCUAGAAUUCUAGCAAACUAUUCUAAAACUUGCAGCGUCUUCUAAGCAGUUUUUUACAUUUUUAUACAUUUUCCUGAGUGACAAAAAUGAAAUGGUAAAUGUGUAUAGAGGAACGGUCUCGCAUUCUGCAUACCGUUGAUUGAAUUUUCUUUUAUUUUCUAUAUUAAUUCUCUUCUAAGGCUAGUCUAAAAUAAUUUUUAAGCCUUAGUUAAUGCGGUAUGGUUGACGUCUAUUAUUCAUAGCAGAUCGAUGUGAAACAACGAAAAAAUAAUGUGUCUUAAUAUUUAUUAUACGUAGAAUACCCUGUAUAUUUACGAACGCUAUGCUCAAAUAUUAUUUUUUCAUUGAAUCUUCAUGAAUUUUUAAUAUGGAAUUGACGCAAUAAAUUCCUAGUCCAACGAAUAAUAAAACAGUGGAAUUGGCGAAUUUUCUACAAGCAUAAGUUAAACAACAAACCUGAAUUAUAUGUCUUAGAAUUAUAGGAAAACUGUUUUAAUUUUAAUUCAAUUAGAAAAUAUCGAAUAUCAUUUAUGAAGCAGAAAACAACAAAGUAAAAUCGAAUUUAAGGUCAGUAGUUUAUGUAAUUUUGUAAAUUCUAAAAUUUGAAAGACUAAGAAAAUGCAGAUGUAGAUAUAUAAUACAAUAUAUAAGCAUAAUCUA